GAGCCUUAAAAUCCACAAAAAUUUAUAACACAAAGUUAAAUUAUUUUAGAUAGAAGAGAUAAGAAAAUGAGCAGUUGUCUGCAGAGUUGGCCGGAGCCGGUGGUGUGUGUGCAGUCGCUGGCGGAGAGUGGAAUAAGAACAAUUCCGAUGAGGUAUGUGAAGCCACCGUCGCAGAGGCCAGGUGGCGACGGCGUGCAGAUGAGGAAUAUUCCGGUGGUGGAUAUGGAGAAACUGGAGAGUGGGGCGGCGGUGAGGGAGACGGCGGAAGCGUGUAGAGAAUGGGGAUUUUUCCAAUUAAUAAACCAUGGGAUUAGUGGUGAGAUGAUGGAAUGUGUGAAGGACACGUGGAAGGAGUUUUUUGAUCAGCCGUUGGAUUUGAAGAAACAAUAUGCUAAUUCUCCGGCGACUUACGAAGGAUAUGGAAGCCGUUUGGGGAUUGAAAAAGGAGCGAUUUUGGAUUGGAGUGAUUACUUUUUUUUGAAUUUUAUGCCUUUUUCUCUCAGAAAUCCAGCUAUAUGGCCUGCUUUUCCUCCUUCUUCCAAAAAAUUGAUAGAAGAAUAUGGGGAUGAGGUGAUGAAGCUAUGUGGGAAAUUAAUGAAAGGAUUAUCAUUGGGAUUAGGGCUUGAAGAAGAGUAUUUAUUGAAGGCAUUUGGAGAAGAAAAAGGAAUAGGGAGUUGCAUGAGGGCAAAUAUGUAUCCAAAAUGCCCACAGCCAGACUUGACUUUAGGGCUUUCACCUCACUCGGACCCUGGCGGUAUAACCAUUCUCUUGCCUGAUCACAACGUCCCUGGCCUCCAAGUUCUCAAGGGACAUGAUUGGAUCACUAUUGACCCUAUUCCUAAUGCUUUGAUCGUCAAUGUCGGUGAUCAAAUUCAGGUGCUAAGCAAUGGAAUAUAUAAGAGUGUGAAGCAUAGGGUGAUUGUAAAUUCAAACAAAGAUAGAGUUUCAUUGGCCUUCUUCUACAAUCCCAAAAGUGAUUUGAUAAUUGAACCUGCCAAGGAGCUUGUCACUGAAGAAACCCCUGCCCUUUUUCCACCUAUGACCUUCGAUGAAUAUAGACUUUACAUUAGGAAGAAGGGUAUUUGUGGAACUUCACAACACCAACAAUCUCCUAAAUCCACUUAAUUACAAUUAAUACUGUUGCCCUGGCAUUUUAAAUUUUAAUUAGUCAAGUUAUUGUUAAACUUUUUUCCUUUUUUUUUUUUUUUUUUUGUGAUGGGGUUCUAAUUACCACUUUGCCAUUGUCAAUGGUAGAAUCUAUUCCUCCUUUGUCUUGAUGUGAAAACCCUCGAAUAACCAGUUUAUAGGAUUUUAAAAAAGAUGUUAAAUCA